UCCCUUUCUUUAAUUCCACACCAGUCAAACUAAAAAGUAAUUAAAAAUUAAUUAUGAGGAGAUAUAUCCAUCACAAAUCUCAAUUAAAAUUUUAUGUAAGGCUUUGAUGAUUCAAUAAUUUCUUGGAGACAUGAAUCGACUUUGAAAUUCCCACGGAGACUUUUGUGUGGACUUAUGAAUGUGAAAUCGAUUUGAUAAGGUUUGAAAAUACAUUAUGAUAAUUAAGGGUACAGCUGAAGUGUACAACUAGCGAUAGCUGUAAAACUAUCUAAGUAAUUGUAGUUAGUUAGACGAUUACUAACUAAUAAAGUAAUUGGAUUAGCAUUAGCUAAGUGGAGGUUGUAUAUAAAUUGAGUGCUCAUCUUCAUUUCAGUUGUAACACGCUACAGUAAGUGAAAUUUCUCUCAAAGCUUCUGUUCUUCCAUGGCUGAUUUUAACAUGUUCGCCAAGGUAGAAAGCAGAGUAUUGGCGUAUCCGAAAUCUUCAUCAUCGCUGUGAAAUCCAAUUCCAAAUUAGGGCUAUCUGGUAAGAGUAACAAUUGACGCAAUCGAAAUUGACCGUGAAUAUCAACUUCUUCACCAAAAUUGAAGCAGUUCAAUGGCUCUCAACAGUGAAGAAACAACAUCAGCUCGGACGCAAAAUCAACACAACACUCAGCAAGAUGAUCAAAUACAUCACAAUCAUCCACUGUAUGUGCAUCCUUCGGAUACUCAAGGUUCUAUUCUUACCUCUAUUAAGCUACAAGGCUCAGAAAACUAUUCAUUAUGGAGCAAAUCCAUGAAAUUGGUACUACAAGGAAAAAACAAGCUAGGUUUUGUUUUAGGAACUUGUAAGAAGGAAAAUUAUCAGUCUAAUCUUCAUGAUCUGUGGGAUAGAUGCAAUGCCAUUGUAUUAGGAUGGAUUUUGAACACCGUCUCGAAGGAGUUAAUUACUUCUGUAAUCUACGGAUCCGAUGCGCACAAAGUAUGGGAAGAUCUUAGGGAGAGAUUCAAUAAAGUAAAUGCAUCUCGAGUCUUCUUUCUUCACAAAGAAAUAGCUACACUCACACAAGGAACGUCAUCUGUUUCUACUUAUUUCAGUCGUUUAAGAGAGCUUUGGGAUGAAUUUGAAGCUCUAGUGCCUCCACCAAAUUGUUCAUGCCCUGAAUCGAAGAAUUACGCUGAACAUUUCCACAUGCAGAAGCUAUGGCAAUUUCUCAUGGGCUUAAAUGAGACGUAUGAUCAUUCUAGAAGUCAGAUCCUCAUGAUAUAUCCACUUCCAAAUGUUAAUCAAGCCUAUGCCAUGAUUGUGAAUGUAGAAAGUCAAAGGAGAAGUAUGAUAGGUAAUUUCGGAGGAAUACUCAGUGAAGUUGGAGACUCAACAGCUCUUAUGAGUAACAGGAAUGCAAAUUAUCACAACAAUCAUAACAAUUACAACUCGGGGUACAAUAACAACAGUGGAAAUCUUGGAAGCACUUUCUCAGGUUAUAAUAGUGGGUUCAGACCUAGAAACAAUGCUGGAAAAUCAGGUUUAUUUUGUGACUACUGUAAGAUCAAGGGUCAUACAAAAGAUGUGUGCAGAAAGCUACAUGGUUAUCCAUCAGACUGGAAGUUCAAAAAGAAGGGACACCAAUCAAGGUCGUAUGCUAACAAUGUUGUGAACACUGACUAUACAACAUCUGAUGAGCAACAACCUUACACUCGAUAUGCAGAUUCUCAUAUUGCAGACUCUCAUCCAUACUUUGAAUCAUCUUCUGAAGAACAAUUUGUUCCCUUCUUUACUAUGGAGCAACAUUCUCAGAUUUUGCAGAUGCUAAAUAGAGGUAAGGAGCAUAUGUCUGAACCAGUUACUAAGUUAAAUAAGCUAACUCCACAGAACUUCGAAAAAUUAUUCCAGCAAGUGGAAGAAGUCAAUAUUGACAAUGUUGUGACACUCAAUGGUGUAGUCUCUCAGAUAUUUGAUAAAGCUUUGAUGGAGCCAACUUUUUGUGAGAUGUAUGCCAACUUUUGUCAGCACCUAGCAGCCGAGUUGCCUGAUUUGAGUGUAGACAAAGAAAAAAUCACUUUUAAGAGGUUACUUCUAAACAAAUGUCAGGAAGAGUUUGAGCGAGGGGAAAGAGAAGAACAGGAGGCUAAUGUGACUAACGAGGAAGGCGAAGUGAAACUGUCAGCAGAGGAGAGGGAGGAAAAAAGAGUAAAAGCACGGAGACGUAGGCUGGGCAAUAUAAGACUGAUUGGUGAACUUUAUAAGAAGAGAAUGUUGACUGAGAGAAUUAUGCAUGAGUGCAUCAAGAAGUUAUUAGGUGACUAUCAAAAUCCUGAUGAGAAGAAUGUUGAAGCUUUGUGUAAGUUGAUGAGUACAAUUGGGGAGAUGAUAGAUCAUGCCAAAGCAAAGGAACAUAUGGAUGCUUACUUCGAUAGGAUGGAGAAGUUAUCUAAUAACAUGAAGCUUUCUUCUAGGGUGAGGUUUAUGUUGAAGGAUUCAAUUGAUCUAAGAAAGAACAAAUGGCAGCAAAGGAGAAAAAUUGAAGGUCCUAAGAAGAUUGAGGAAGUGCAUAGGGAUGCUGCCCAAGAACGACAUUUGCAAGCUACUAGACUUGCUCGUACUCCUAGUCUGGGGGGUUCUAAUAGAAGGGGUCAACCCAUGGAUUUUGCUCCAAGAGGGAGUAUGUUAUCUUCUCCGGGCCCCCAGAUGGGGGGUUUUCGACCUAUGUCUCCACAGGUCCGCGGGUAUGGCCUGCAGGACGUACGGGUGGAUGAGAGACACUCUUUUGAGAAUAGGACAUUAUCACUUCCCCUGACCCAGAGUCCUCUUGGUGAUGAUCCGAUCACACUUGGACCCCAAGGUUGUCUUGCAAAGGGAAUGUCUUCCAGGGGCCAACCUGCAGGACCAAGCACUCCAUUCACUGAUAAUAUGCCAAGUUUUGGAGACUCAAGAAGGAUGACACAUGCCCAAAAUGGCUAUGGUUCUUUGCCAGAGUGCCCCCCGUAUGGUUCAAGAGAGGAGCUUAUGCCCAAAUACAUGCCUGAGCGAUUAUCUAGUCAACAUGAUCAAGCAAGUGCACCAGAAAGAAACCUGCCUUAUGGGAGUAAGGAUCGUGGAUUUGAUGCAGCUCGGCCUGUUUCACCACUUGUAAGAAGUGGAGGGCCAACUUCCACACAGAAUGUUGCUCCUGACAAGAUUUGGUCAGAAGAGCGUCUGCGGGACAUGUCUUUGGCUGCUAUCAAGGAAUUCUACAGUGCGAAAGAUGAGAAAGAAGUUGCGUUGUGUGUAAAAGACCUGAAUUCACCCAGCUUCUAUCCAUCAAUGAUCUCACUUUGGGUUACUGAUUCCUUUGAGAGGAAAGACGAGGAAAGGGAUCUUUUGGCAAAGCUUAUAAUUGAUCUAACUAUUUCUCGAGAUGUGGCGAUAAGUCAAGAUCAGCUAAUUAAAGGGUUUGAAAAUGUUCUGACUACCUUGGAGGAUGCAGUAAAUGAUGCCCCUAGAGCAUCAGAAUUUCUUGGUCGCAUCUUCGGGAAGGUUAUAUUGGAAAACGUGAUACCGUUUAAUGAAAUUGGGCGUUUGAUAUACAAUGGCGGGGAAGAGGAAGGACGCCUUGUGGAGAUUGGGCUUGCUGCUGAAGUUGUUGGGAGCACAUUGGAGAUGAUAAAGCUAGAGCAAGGUGAUUCCGUGGUGUCAGAGAUCUGCAGAAGCUCUAAUGUGCGGUUAGAGAGCUUCCGGCCUCAAGGUUCCAGCAAGCAAUGGAAGUUAGACAAAUUUAUUUAGGUAAUAGGUGGGAGGGAUUGUAUCUUGGUAGAGAUUCAUGUCUAACUUUUAGGGCACAUUUUAAUUUGCAGAUAUAUACUUAAAUGGUGAUCAAUACAAGGGGUUUUAUCCUUGAACGUUUUUUUAGUACCAUUAUUUUUUCG